UCAGUUUGAACUCCCCCGAUGCCGAUUGUUUCCAGUGAACUUCAUCAGAGCGUGUAGGAACUCGACGCCCGGUUGUGAUUACGUCGCGGACGCGAUUUUUUUUAUUAGAUUUUUAGUUGUUGUCGAUUGUGUUGUCUCCUUGGUAUUUUUUGUGCCGUUACGGCAAUGGGCAACGAGGCCGAAGGGGAAGUGAAAAAUGGAGAUAUGAGUUUCGAAGAGGAAGGGCCCAUGGUUGGCCCAGGACCUGCGAAGCAACGUCACAAGCGGCCUCUUGAAUUUGAGAAGGCGUUCUUAGAUGCAUUGCCGUGUGCACAAAUGUACGAGAAAAGUUACAUGCACCGGGAUGUUGUGACUCACCUAGCCGUAUCCAGUGCCGACUUUUUCAUCACAGGAAGCUGCGACGGGCAUAUCAAGUUUUGGAAGAAAAAAGGCAUGGGGAUCGAGUUUGUGAAGCAUUUUCGAUCACAUUUGGGACCCAUCUGUGGGCUUGCUGUGAGUGCAGAUGGGCUUCUUUGUUGCACAAUAUCCGAUGAUAAGGCUGUCAAAAUAUAUGAUGUUGUCAAUUACGACAUGAUGGCUAUGCUGAAAUUAACAUUCACUCCGAAAACAGUGGACUGGGUAUUCAAGCAAGGCGAUGCGAGAGCUAAGCUUGCAAUUAGUGAUAAAGCAUCCCCAUACGUGCAUAUAUUUGAUGCACGAUCUGGCGGCAAUGAACCAUUUAUAUCCAAGCAUAUUCACAUGGGUCCAAUUCAGGUUAUGAAGUACAGUUCAUCAUUGGAUAUAGUAAUUUCCGCAGAUGCGAAGGGUUUGCUUGAAUAUUGCAGCCCUGACACUUUGGAGUUCCCUUCUCACGGUGUGCAGUUCAAGUUUAAGACGGAGACAGAUCUUUACUCGCUUGCAAAAGCGAAGACAACCGUAUCUUCUUUGGAGGUAAGCUCGGAUGGGAAACAGUUCGUAACAACCUCACCAGACAGAAGGAUUCGCGUCUUCUGGGUCGCUACUGGAAAAUUACGUCGCACUUACGACGAGUCACUGGAGGUUGCUCAAGACCUUCAAAGAAGCGAUGCCCCUUUGUACAGGUUGGAUGCGAUUGAUUUCGGGCGGCGUAUAGCAGUCGAUAAGGAGAUUGAGAAGACUGAAGGGGUCCCUCCUCCAAAUGCAAUUUUUGACGAAAGCUCUAAUUUCUUGUUAUAUCCUACCCUUCUUGGCAUCAAGGUUGUCAAUCUGCAUACAAACAAAGUAGCGAGGAUAAUAGGGAAAGUAGAGAACACGGAACGUUUUCUUAGAAUUGCAUUGUAUCAAGGUGGGUACAGUUCUAAGAAAGUAAAGAAGUUACCUGCAGCUGCUGCGAACGUGAAUGAACAAAGAGAACCACUUACAGAUCCAACAUUACUGUGCUGUGCAUUCAAGAAGCACCGGCUUUAUCUAUUCAGUCGAAGAGAACCUGAGGAUGCAGAGGAUGCUAGCAAAGGGCGUGAUGUGUUCAACGAAAAACCUCCUCCGGAGGAGCUACUUGCAAUCUCCGACAUCGGAAAAUCUACCACAACUUCGCUACCUGAGAAUGUGAUUAUGCAUACCACAUUGGGCGAUCUGCACAUACGCUUAUAUCCAGAAGAGUGUCCACGUACAGUGGAAAACUUCACUACACAUUGCCGAAAUGGUUACUAUGAUAAUUUGAUCUUCCAUCGAGUUAUCAAGGGCUUCAUGAUACAAACUGGUGAUCCACUUGGGGAUGGUACUGGAGGGCAGUCAAUCUGGGGCGGUGAAUUUGAGGAUGAAUUUCACAAAAGCUUACGGCAUGAUCGACCUUUCACAGUGUCCAUGGCCAAUGCUGGACCAAAUACCAACGGUUCACAGUUUUUUAUUACAACAGUUGCUACCCCAUGGUUGGACAACAAGCACACAGUCUUUGGGCGUGUUGUCAAAGGCAUGGAUGUUGUCCAGGGCAUCGAGAAGGUGAAAACGGACAGGAAUGAUAAACCUUAUACUGAUGUGAAAAUCUUGAACGUCACUGUUCCUAAGUCAUAGCUUACAAUUCAUGUCCAGGCGUAGAAGGGUUACUGGACUGUACUUUCAGACGAGCAUUAUCUGCUUUGUACAUCAGUUCUUAUUUUUGUUGAAUGAUACAUAUAACGGGCUUUAAGAACA